AUGCAGUUCACCACCAGCUCCAUCUUCCUCGGCCUCGCUGCCCUCGCUGUCGCUCUCCCUGCCGACCAGUCCACCAGCGCCAACGGCCUCCGCGCCCAGAAGGACAGCGAUGUCCGCUGGCACGUGCCCACCAGCAUGACCAUCCAGGAGGCUCAGGCCAAGUGCGGUGACCAGGCCCAGCUCUCCUGCUGCAACAAGGCCACCUACGCCGGUGACACCACCGAUGUCAACUCCGGCAUUGGCGGUGGUCUGCUUUCCAACCUGAUCGGCUCUGGCUCCGGUGCCGAGGGUAUUGGUGCCUUCGAGCAGUGCUCCAAGCUGGACCUCCAGAUCCCCAUCAUCGGUAUCCCCAUCCAGGACCUGGUCAACCAGAAGUGCAAGCAGAACAUUGCCUGCUGCGCCAACAGCCCUAGUACUGCCAGCAACGACCUUGUCGGUGCCGCUCUGCCUUGCAUUGCCCUCGGCUCUAUUCUGUAA